AUGCAACUACGAGAGAGUCGGAACUCAGCUCAACUACCCUCAAUGCACUCAAAUAUACUGCACAUGUUAGUUCACAUCCUUCAAAAGUCUGUCUAAACUUCUAAAAAUUGUGCGCUUAGGUUUCUCUAUGAACGUGCUCUAACAUUCAAUUGAAUCUCUUUAUAGGGCUUUGAUGUAAGCUAUUUGAGCAAUUUCCAAUUUUUCGUGUUCUCAGAAAAAGCGCUGCUUUUAUUAGGAGCAACGGUUCUGCACAGAACGCAAUUUAAAUAUUGAAAAAGAAACGCAGCUCGGAGUCACUUAAGCUCUAUUUCAAAUCAAUCAAGUCUCAGAGUGAGAGCUACCACUUCGAGUAAAGAUUUAAGGAAUUUUUUUUUUGAAGUUUUCAGUCCUUUGAAGACUUAUUCGUACGAAACUUCGGAAACUUCAAAUCAACAAUGUCGUUCUUGCUUAAAAAAAAUUAGAAAAAUUUUCUCAAUGAAGAAUAUAGUUCCUUUCAAACGGAAACGUGAAGGUCACAAGAAAGAAUGUAUUCAUUUUAAAAACUCAUUACCCUCCCUUUAAACUCAGGAAAUUUUUAAAAUCUUUCCACCAAUCUUUUCUCCCGUACCAAACUGAUACUCUGGCCAGUUUCAGCCUGCGGCGUGAAAAUAAAAAAUUCACGAUAUUGCAGUUCUAUCUAAGUGGUGCCAAGUUCACAUUAAGAUAAUUAUUACUUGCACCGGUGAAGCAACAGAAAAUGCAUUCUUUCGGCCGCAGAAAAUAAGUUUAUCUCAAUUUUUUCAAUUCGUUAAGUUUUUUGUGGAAACAAGAAAACUGUAUUCCGCUUUUUGAUUUUCAACAAAAAAUGUGAAUUUUCAGUCCACGAAAUCCUGAAUUAACUUGGAGCAUCUCCAGAGCAACAGUCCCGUUUCAAAGUUUAAUUUUUUCAACUUUUGUAUAUUUUUUUCAUAACAUUUUUCUCUUGGCGAAUAAACUUUCAAAUGUUUUUUUUUUGAACUUUUUGGUUGUUUCAGUGCUUGUCUGGCACUUUGAUUAUACCUUGGAAUCGAUCAUUUUUUCAUUCAACGUUGUUCUUAACAUCUUAAUUGUGUUGUUGGGUACUUUUUCCAAUUUCUUCUGAAUGUCUUUACUUUAUUGUUUGUCAUGCUUUUUAAUGAUAACUCAAUCCCAAAUCCACGUCAUGUUCCGUUUAGUUUAGGCGUUGCCGACAAAUGCCAUUUUCCGCAUUAUUGAUAACUUAUCGCUAAUAUCCAUAAAAGGUGCUGUCUUGCUGGACAUGCCAAGGACGUGAAGACUCUAGAUUUUGUAAAAGCCAAGUAUUCACAUAGAAAAUGUACAAUUGCUUAGAAAUUAUAAAAUGUAUUUUUCAGGCAGCAUGAAGCAAAUUACUGCCUUCGCUCUUGUGGUUUUUUUCUUUUUCGCUGUUCCCGGUAAGUUAAAAAUUCUUAAAAAAAUUGAAUGAAAAAUAUUUUUUUCUUGAUUUUUUUCAUCAAAGUUACUCUAGAGGUCAACAUUUUUCAGAAUUGAAAAACUUCUAAUAAAGCGAAACUGAGAAAGGUCGGCGGACAGUUUUUUUGUCACUCAAUUUUUUUCAACUCUCAUAGACACGGAAAAAAAUUCCAAAAACAUUCUAACAUAAAACUCAUUUCAUGAAGCUGUGAGCGCGCAAUCUGGCCUCGAUUGCGAUUCGACAACCUAUGUCUUGUGCCAACAAGAUUUGGAUAGCACUCUUGAUUAUGGAGAUUCUCAGCCUUGGUAUAACCCAGAAGCGUUCAGAACUAAGGUUUUUCAAAAUUUUCAUUAAAACGAAAAAAAUAUGAUGUUUUUUUGUUUAGGUCGAGUCUUACUAUCAAAGUCAAGGAGUGAACGGCAUUCGCAAAGUUUGCAAGUGAGAAAAUAUAUUUAAUUUACUUGUUUUUCGAGAAACUGCAUUUUUGCUGCAUUUCACUUUUGCAAUAGAAAGAAAGAAAGCGACGAUGUUAACGGAAGUACUGAAAUAAGCUCACCAACUUUACGGAACUUGACACGGAGCUUUGGCUUCAUUUGGAGGAAACGCAAUUAUUUCAUAGUUCAACGGAUUCAGAGCUUUUCGAGAGUUCAAGCAAUGUAUGGGUGGCAACUACACCGUGUGCAUGAGUCCUACUCACUUCGUCUCUCUCUCCGCAACUCCUUUGAAUGCAUAUCAAUUUGUAGGGCUCUUCAAUCAAAUGCAUUAUAUUUGCGGAGCCGGCCUGCAGAGUUGGUUUUUUUUUUGAACUUUUCCAACACAAAAAAAAUUCGAUGCUUGACCGGAAACCGAAGUAUUGGCUUUAGAUAUACUUGAAAAACAGAGAUUAUUCUGUACUUGCACGUAAUUGUUUGAAUCAUUUAAUCCAGAAAGUCAGAAAGAUUGAUUAAACAUUUUUUAGAUUUUUCAGCGUUUGUGAGAAAACAGCCUGUGGGUAGACUACAUCAAAAUUAGUUUUUCAGCAUAUUUGGCUAAUGAGAAUUGCAUGUCUUCAACUUGGAAAGGAGAUAGUGGCGAUCAGUUAAAUGCCUGCAGAACCGCGUUUGAGCAGAAAAGCGACACGAAUCCAGAUCAGGCGUGCAGGUGAAAAAUGUUCAAAAAAUUUCCGCAAUAACUUCACGAUUAGAAAGGUUCAAUAUGAGAUUUAGUUUAAACUAUUCCUCUGAAAAAAAAAUUCACUCAGAAGUUCAGAGAUAUAGUAGAAUUAGAUAGGAGAAAAUUCACAAAAUAGGAAUCACUCACUGUUUGGAGGCCACUUUACACGGAAAAAAACUGUAAUUUUUUUUCCGAUAUACUCAAGAAUAUUUUUACAGUCAAGGAAACCUCUACCUGACUUGCUUUGAGAACAAAUUCAAGAGCGGAUGCGGCGACAAAUCCAACGACGCUCAGUUUUUGGGGUUGCGAAUACGCUCGGGUAGAGGUCUUCACAAGAUUCCCGCAAUGCAACAUCCGAUGUGUUUGUGAGUUUCUUUUCGAGUUCAUAUAGUUCUUUAUAACGAGUUUAUACUUACGUCAUUAAACUGCUAAAGCGCCGUCGGCGCCACAAGCCGAUGAGGCACAGUUCUGUCCUGAUAUCAAGAUGCGCCGGACUCGCUCUAGUGACAUUUCCGUCUUUGUGUUUGACGGCUGUGGGUCAUGAAGUCGUGAUUCCCGACUAUGUUUUGAAGCCCACAAUCUUUUUUUGGAACGAUAAAUCAGGGAAAUCAAAACAUUUUAGAAGACCAGUUGCACAAUAGUUAUUUAAGCUUUUCAGUGGCUACUUCAAAUCGAAAACAGUUCGAAUCGAUCGAUAAAACCUCCAAGUUAGGCAAAACGAUGUAGAGAUUGAAAAAUGAAUUUAUGUUAGGCUUCACGUUCCAAAACUUCAAAAAAAAAAAAUUCAAGUAUAAUAGAAGACUUUCCUUUGUGUCUAGGAUUUUUCAAAGUUUCAUUCUUAGUUUGAUUUUUCCUUGAAAAAUGGACGGUAAAGACAUAAUUCAAAAAAACUUUUAUUCUCUAUCAGCAGAUUCGAAAUGAUUGGAAAGGCAACAGAUCAGCUGAGGACUUCAUUUACAGUACUGGCCAUAAAGGUAUUUCAAAGUGGUUAUUCGAGCAUAACUUCUCUGAAAGUGGCUCAAAUGACUUGAAACUUUGAAAAAAUUUUAAAUAACUACGCAAUAAUUUUUUCCUAUAAGAAAAACUCAUUUGCUCAAAUAAAACCGGAUUUGAGAGCAAAAAACCAAAAAUCGUGAAAAUGAAGAUUUUUCUCUUGAGAUUCGAAAAAUCAUAUCUUCGAAGAAACUCCGAUUUGAAAUCAAAAACUUUUUUCCCGGUAAAACAAGUUUUCGACUUUCCAAAAAACCUAAUCAGCCCCCUAUCAACCCGAUAGCAAGAGCGUAGUGACUUUUUCUUUGGAAGGCCUUUUUCGUUUUGACGCCUCGUCAUUCAGAUGGACUAUACGAGGUCAUUUUUGUUUGAGAACACCAUGUUUCCUGUUGAAAAACUUCGAAACGCCCUCAAGAGUAGUUUCACACCGUUUUCUUGAGCUUUGUCACUAUAUCCUCUCUCCAGAACUCGCUUACUUCAUUAGGUCUGAUUUUGAAAGCUCGGAUUCAAACAGUUUUUCUGGACUCACGGGCAUUCAAAGCAGUUUUUGUCUGAUCAAUCGCUUUUCAAUCGUGAAUUCGAGAAUAAAUAAUGGCCAAAUUGCAGUCUCCCACUUCCUGAAGACUGCUAAUUUUUUUGCUGAAGCAUUAGUUUCACAAGAUCAAAAACUUAUUUUCCAUAAAGUUUGGAGAAACGUUUUACAGUGCCUAUUAUUGACCUGAGAGCUAGAAAGAGGAGUUACAAAUUUAUCUAAUGAUCUUAAACGUUUAAAAAUUAAAAAAGGGGUUUUUAUCAUCUUUUUGUCAUCCAAAGAAAAAGUCACUACACUCUUGCUAUCGGCUUGAUAGGGGGCUGAUUAGGUUUUUUGGAAAGUCGAAGACUUGUUUCACCGAGAAAAAAAGUUUCUGAUUUCAAAUCGGAGUUUCUUCGAAGAUAUGAUUUUUCGAAUCUCAGGAGAGAAAUCUUCAUUUUCACGAUUUUUGGUUUUUUUGCUCUCAAAUCCGGUCUUACUCGAGCAAAUAAGUUCUUCUUUUGGGAAAAAAUUACUGCGUAGUUAUUUAAAAUUUGUUUAAAGUUUCAAGUCAUUUGAGCCACUUUCAGAGAAGUUAUGCUCGAAUAACCACUUUGAAAUACCUUUAAGGCCAGUACUGUAUUCUUUCAAUAAUCUAUUAAACAUCUGAAGUAUCAUCAUUUUCAGUGCCUUAUGCUGGAGGAAUCAUCGGAUGAGAACUUUCUACGUGGAAAUAAUUCAAACGAUUGUCCAAUUUCUUAUUGUAUUAUCUUUGCACCUGACAAUAAAAAUUUGUACCUUUUUUUGGAAAGUGGCUAUCAAUAUGAAAAAUUGAACAUUUUGAUUUUUCGAAGAGUAUUACAGGUCGAUUAG